CUAUAAAUAUAACCAACAUCUCUCUCCACUUCUUCAGACAAAAUUAAUCCCAUUUGGACUUCCUUUGUCUUAAUCCUCACAAUUUUGAAAAGCUUUUGAGAAAAACUCCUCAAAUAUUAGUCUUUGUUCUAAUAUCUCAUCAAAAUCCUUUUUAAAAAGUCGAAUUUCUUACCUUAAACAAUAUACUUUCACACUGGGAGGAGAAAAAAAUGGUAAGACCACCUUGUUGCGAAAAGAACGGAGUGAAGAAAGGGCCAUGGACACCAGAGGAAGACAUCAUCUUGGUUUCUUACAUUCAAGAACAUGGUCCUGGAAACUGGAGAUCUGUCCCAACGAACACAGGUCUAAGGAGAUGUAGCAAGAGCUGCAGAUUGAGAUGGACUAAUUAUCUUCGACCCGGUAUUAAGCGGGGAAAUUUUACUGAGCAUGAAGAGAAGAUGAUUGUUCAUCUUCAAGCCCUUUUAGGCAACAGAUGGGCAGCCAUAGCAUCAUACCUUCCAGAAAGAACUGACAAUGAUAUAAAGAACUAUUGGAACACUCACUUGAAGAAGAAGCUCAAGAAGAUCAACGAAUCUGGUGGAGAAGAUAAUGAUGACUUCUCUUCAUCAAACACUAUUUCACAGAAGCAACAACAAACCUCAAACAAAGGUCAAUGGGAGAGAAGACUCCAGACAGAUAUCAACAUGGCAAAGCAAGCUCUUUGUGAGGCUUUGUCUUUAGACAAAAAACCAUCAUCAACACUUUCUCCAACAUCAUUGUCAACACCAGUAAUCAUACCACAAAACAUCCCUAGCUUCUCAUCAGCUAUACUGGACCGUUGUUAUGAUCCAUCCUCUUCUUCUUCCUCUACCACAACCACAACCACCACUACAAGCAACUAUACUAAUCCAUACCCAUCAGGGGUAUAUGCGUCAAGUGCUGAGAACAUCGCUCGGUUGCUUCAAGAUUUCAUGAAAGAUACACCAAAAACAUUAACUUUAACAUCCUCAUCACCAGUUUCUGAGACCGGACCAUUUGCUUCAGCAACUUCCGAAGAAGGUGGAGAAGGGUUGGAACAAUCUUUCUUUACCUUCAAUUCCAUGGAAGAAUCUCAAAAUUUGACUCAGGAGACUAGCUUCUUCCAUGACCAAGAGAGUAAACCGGCGGUAACAAUGGAGCAAGAUUCUGGUUUGAUAUCGCAAGGAUCUUUGUCUUUGUUGGAGAAAUGGUUAUUUGAUGAAAACAUGGUUGCUAUGUCGUUAGGACAAGAAGCGAUGUUCUAGAACGAAAUCAAGUGGAAUAAUUUGAGGGCAUAAUCAGUUAUGAGUAAUAACAAAUAUUAUUAUUGCAUCA